AUGCUUCUCCAUUCCGCCGCGCUUCCCCGUCGCGUCCUCACCCCGAUCCACACCGCCAGCGCUACCCGCUGCGUCAUCGCCUGUCCGGACGCCGCCACGCGCCCGCUCGCGUCGCUUGACGCGCUCACCCUCUCCUCCUCCUCCUCAACCAUCUCAUCCGCCUCCCCCGCCGCCGCUUCCGCCAUUGGCGGCUUAACCGCCUCCUGCACUGCCUGUCUUGGAUCCUUCGCCUGCGCUGAUGGCUGUUCCAGCGCCGCACCCCGCGGCUUCCACGGCACCGCGAGGGGCGCCGCGGGUCUAGCAGCAAGCUUCGGAAGGGGCUUGGGUAGCGGUCCCGGCACCAGCGGCGGCGGCGGCGGCGGUGGCGCGUCUCAGUUGAGGGCGUCCCACGUGGCGUCAGCAGCGUCGAAGGAGCUUCUUCGACUAAGUCCUAGUUGGGCGUCCGUACACUGUUCCACUCCCUUCCUCCGCGCGCUUCUCCUCCGUCCCUCUCGACCCCUCCCUCUCGGCAUCGGCUGCGGCUGCGCCCCAACCGCAACGAACGCAACCGGCGGCGGCGGCGGCGGCAGCGGCGGCGCUGGAUUCACCAGCGGGUUCUACGGCGGCGGAGAGGGGCCGCUGUCCGUGCUACUCGCGGCGAGGCGGAGCGAGCUCGUGGCAGCAGCGGCGCUCGGCAGGAGUUUGGGGUUAGGGGAGAGUGCAUUCAAGGUCGCGGCUGGCGGCGGCAUAGUCGCGGCGGACGAUGUUAUCCGCGGCGCGUUGGCGGCGCUCAGCGUGGGUCAUGGCGGACUUGGCGCCGCGUCCGCGUCACCCGCGAAGCCCAUGCAGCCGGUGCAUCUCGCCAUGCUGACGUUAGCUGCCGCGUCAGCCUCCGCCGCGCUUGCCCGGCCGGGGGAAGAUUCGGGACCGUCAGUGCUGCGGUCAGUGGCGUGCGAAGCGGCGGCGGGCGGCGCGGUGCACGCGUCGGUGGAUGCGCGGAAAGCGUCGACGACAGACUACCAUGUCGUCCGCAUCCCGGGUGACGGGCGCUGUCUGUUCCACGCUGUGGUGCACGGCCACCACGCGCGCGCGUCGCUCCCGCAGCCCACGGCGCUCUCCGCGCGCUGCGAGCUGGCGGACGCGCUGCGCAACCAGGUGGCGGACGAGUUCGUGAAGCGGCGGGAAGAAACGGAAUGGUUCCUGGAGGGCAAUUUCGAUGACUAUGUGGCCAACAUCCGCAAGCCCUAUGUGUGGGGCGGAGAGCCAGAGCUCCUCAUGCUCUCGCACGUCCUCAAGUCACCCAUUACCGUGUUCAUUGCCGACCCUCGCUCCCCUCGCUCGGGUGCCAUCAUGCCCAUAGCUGAGUACGGCCGUGAGUAUGCAAGCAAGCAGGAGGGAGACGAGGGGGGAGUGGAAGGCGAAGGGAUCAGCAGCAGCAAGGAUGCCAUCUGCGUGCUGUACAAUGGCAGCAGCCAUUAUGAUGCGCUUAUUAUUCCUCGCUCGGCUGCUGUUGAGGGGACGCAGCAGCAGCAGCAAGCGAGGCUGUGA